GGCUAUGAAAUCGUCCGUGAUGCUGCUGGCAAUGUGGUUCACCCAGCUGGAGCUAGUUCCAAGGGUGCUGGUGUGUCUCCUGACAUAGAUGAUGGCAACGAGGCAGACACCGAGGACUUUGGUGAAACACGAAAGAAACGUAGAGGCCGGGCAAUGAACACAGUGAGAUUUGGAGGCAUAGGUGAUGUCGUCGAUGGUAAGGAUACAAGCAUGGAGGCUGCUGGUGACAAGAAGAACUCUAGUACCGGUAUUGACAGUGCUGAUGAUAUGGACGAACGGAGCACUGUUGGAAAACUGAGCAGAAAUGUCAGUGAGCUAACCCUGACCAAUGAAGAUAAAUUUAUUCCAAAGUGUACUGGGAAACAUGAAUCUCAACGUAGAGAUUCUGAAGAUGAUAGUGAACAGUUUGAUAUUAACACAGCUACUGGUGACACAGAGGCAAGCAAUGCUGACCAUGAAAAUAUUUACCGGGGUGCUAAGAGCCCCAGGAGCAAUACCUGGGCUCCUGUAUCUCAUAUUGACUCCAUCCACAGCCAGAGCUAUAAUCUUGGGGAUGAAAUUCUUUCGCGCCAUUCAGCACAGUCACAUGACUCCAGGGUUAGAGGUCACCAUGUGACUUUUGUCCAGAAUUCAGAGCUUUCCCCAUCAACCUCAGCUGCAGUUGGCAGGGAUGAUCUCUGCGCAGGUCAGAUAUCAGACUUUGCUGACGAAGAUGAUGACGUUGAUAACAAUGUUGAUGAUGUAGCUAAUAUGGAAGGAGAAGAAGAAGAGGAACAAGAAGAAGAGGAGGAGGAGGAAGAAGCAGAAGAUGAAACAUCAAAGAGACAUCACAGAGUUAUUGAUAAGGAAAGAAUUAAAAGCUGGUUGGAAUCACAGAGUAACAUCUCAGCAGAGGAUUAA